AUGGCCACCGUUCUGUCGGAAGCCCCGGCAACUCACCGAUCAAAGCGCGAGGGCUCGAGGAGCAGAAGCCCAAACAGAGAGGGUAUGAAGCGGCAGUGCUGGAAAAAGAUUGCCGAACAAGCCGCUGGAAAAGACGAAAAGGAGCAGCAGGUCGCGGACUACAAAUACAGCGAAUACGUGAUGAGCAAUCACGUGAAGCUGAAACGUCACGAAUGCCUCUACAGUGGACUAAUUUCCCUGAACAUCGACCGAGCCAGGGCGUUGACCGAGGUCACAAUCGUGAUGGCAGUACCUAUUCGGUGCGAAGGCAACGUCGCACAAGAUUGCGUUCGACGACCAUCAUGCUACGCUGGGCGACCCAAUCCACCAAUAUCUACAUCAGCAGCAUGGAUUCGUGCGCGCUCAUCUAAAGGUGGCUGGCUUGAACCUUCAAACUCAUCCGGCAACGCGAUCACCGCCCCGAUUGUCAACACCUUCUUUACUCAACUGAGGGCUGACUACCCAGAUAGGGUGCAGACAAUCGCCUCCGAUGCUUGGAGCAACUUCGAGAAUUAUGAAGCCAAAGGCGCGCUCCCGAUCGUCAACGAGAAUGGCGUGCUCUUGCAGGAAGACCACCACUGGUUUCUGCUCUACUUUGAUCUUGAGCGAGGAGUGGUCGAGCUCACGGACUUGCUCUACAAGGAUGAGUCCUGUGAUCAAUACAGAAGAAUGAUCAAAGAUGCGGUGAAGCGCAUCAGCAAGUUGACUUCGAACACCGAGAGAGAAUGGUACCAGCGUUAUUCGGUGGUCGGAUACCCCGCAAGAGGACGGCACCAAGGACAUGAGGCGUUUACGUGUGCCCUCGCGUCGGUGCUCGUGCAGAAGAAGUCUUGGAUCGUCCGUCAAUCUGAGAUGCAGGAUUGGCGUGAUCGAAUUUUCGCCACCAUGUUCAACGACAUCUCGCAUUCUGAC